AUGAAUUCAAAUAUCUACAAAGUUCCAUUGAUUAUUUUGCUCUUGGUAGUAUGUAGUCAGUGCACAGAAGAACAGGAAAAGAGGAAGUUUAACAUUCCAUCUUCAUUUAGUGGAGAGGGCAAAGUAUAUCAUCUAGGCGCAGAUGGAAAACUUAAUGCAACCAAGAAUUUCACAGUGACGAAAGCAAGCGUAAAGCUAAACAUUGCUUUGAGUUAAGUUGGCUAUUGGGAGGAUAUAAGUUCAUGUGAGCAAAAGCAAGUAUUUGUAGAGUAGCACUUGGAUAACUUUUAAGAGAAAGCUUCAAUAAUAUUCAGUGGGGAAAAGAAGGAAUGCGCUAUGCAUCAUAUCGGAGAAGGCAGAGGAGUUUAAGCAGUAAUUGAUGGCAUGAAUAAUCCAUUUGAAGAUAAGAACUUCAAAUAUAAGGGUUUCCAUGAAGCGAUCUGGGAUCAAUCUUAGAAGUUCUACAUCUUCAAUAAUGAAAACGAAGAAGGCGAGGUGAUGAUGUAGUUUUAUUAUUCAGAUGUGACUGGACUUCUAAGAUACUAAGUGAUGAACAGACCAGAUAGUAUUUAGGUUCUUGACAUGGCAGAUUUGUUUAAUGUUAAUGAGCUUUUAACUGAAGAGGAUUUUGAGAUUAAGGAAUGCAUUAAGAAAGAUGAAAUGGAAAAGAGAGAGCAGGCUAAAAAGGAGAAAGAAGAGGCUGAUGAAUAGGGCAAGAAUGAAAGUCAAGCAUAAUCUGAAUAACAAGAAGAAAAAACUGAGUUCUGA